AUGGAGGCCCUGAAGACCGCAGAGGGCCGAGGCAAAUCAGGUGUGUCGCCGGAGCAGGCGAAGGCGAUCCAGGACGCCGUCGACUUCCUCGAGCGCGAAAUAGGGGUCCCAGACCCAGUCACGGAUCCUGGGCUCGAGGGGAGGUGGGAGCUGCUGUACACGAGCCGUCCAGGCACGGCCUCCCCGAUCCAGCGGGCGUUCACUGGCAACGACGCGUUCACGGUGUAUCAGGAGAUCAUCCUGAAGGGCACGCCGGAGGACCCGUCGCCGCGCGUCAACAACGUGGUCGACUUCGGCAAGGGCGUCGGUGAGCUGCGUGUGGAGGCGGAGGCCAGCACGGACGCGCAGCCGCUGGACGGCUUCGUCGCUCGCAAGGGCGACGGCGGCGUGCUCGGCCUGUACCCGUUCGGGCGCUCCAUCAGCACCCCGCCGGUCCGCACGAACAUGCGGCUGGACUUCCAGUUCGACAGCGCCGCGUUCCGGUUCGACUCGGUGCCGUUCAAGAUCCCAUACCCGGUCCCGUUCCGCCUCCUCGGCGACGAAAGCAAGGGCUGGAUCGACGUGACCUACCUGUCUGACGACCGGGAGUUCCGUCUGACCCGCGGGAACAAGGGCACGCUCUUCAUUCUCCGCAAGGGGGCUCCGAAGGGCAGCGGGGCCGCGACGGGCGCCGAGGCCGCGGCGCUGCCUCCGCGCGAACGCAUCGCGAAGUUCGUCGCGGGCGACCUCGAGCUGUCGCAGGCCGAGGUGCUGCGCAUGGUGGAGGAGCUGGCGGCGAUCAACCCAACGCCGGCGCCGGCGCGGUCCGAGCUGUCGCGGGGCAAGUGGCGGCAGCGGUGGUCCGCGCAGGCCAACAACAGCAACCCGCUGCAGAAGGCGUCCACGGCCAGCGGCGACAACUUCCAGAUCAUCGAAGAGACGACGUUGACCAAUGACGUGGCGUUCGGGUCCUGGCUGCAGCUGCGGGCGGAGGCGGCGUGCCGGCCGCUCGAGGACGCGCGGACAGGCGUCACGAUCGACGGUGCGGACCUGAAGCUGUUUGGCAACACGCUGCGCCUAGGGGGAGUCAAGGGGGAGGGCUGGAUCGACUGGCUGUACCUGGACGACGAGAUCCGGGUCACGCGCGGGAACAAGGGCUCCACGUUCAUCCACACGCGCGAAUAA